CCCUUUUUUCCCUCCUUCUCAACUCGUCCUCUUCUUUUUCAUCAGCUCAUAUAUGAGAAUCCAAUUCCCAGUAUCUUCCUAAUCUCUCUACAGCUCUACAUUAUGGCUCUUGUUCCCAAGUUUGCAUCUUUCUCUUCUUCUCUGUACAGUUCACCUCAUUCCAGAAACGCCCACGCUUCGAACCUACCACCCAAUUGUUCAUUUAACUGCAAUCUCUCUACUUCGCCUUUCACUGAGAAGCAUUCCAUCGAGAAGUACCAAAGGGACCAAUGGAUUUACGAGAACCAAUUGGGGCAAACUCUGUCCUGCCCUCUCCCAUCCUCUUCGGGAUCCAUCAGGGAGGACGAGAUUGCCCUGCAGCUCCCGGAGCUGAACAAGUUGCUUCAGGUGCUUAGAGAGAAGAGGGAAAGUGAAGGGAAGUGCGGCGGCGGAGGUGACGGUUCUCCCAAGGGGAAUGUGUUCUUGGUCGGAACUGGGCGGGAUCCUGAGCUCUUGACGUUGAAGGCGGUUAGGAUUAUAAAGAAUGCUGAUUUGUUGUUGUAUGAUAGAUUGGUGUCGAAUGAUGUGUUGGAUUUGGUUGGUCCUGAUGCUAAGCUUCUCUAUGUGGGCAAAACUGCGGGGUACCACAGCAGAACCCAGGAGGAAAUACAUGAGCUUCUUCUGAGUUUUGCAGAAGCUGGAGCUACUGUUGUGAGACUAAAAGGAGGUGAUCCAUUGGUGUUUGGGAGAGGUGGGGAAGAAAUGGAUUUUCUGCAACAGCAAGGUAUUCAUGUGAAAGUUAUUCCAGGUAUAACUGCAGCAUCGGGGAUUGCAGCAGAGCUGGGGAUUCCAUUGACUCACCGUGGCAUUUCAAUGAGCGUGAGGUUUCUCACAGGACAUUCAAGGAAAGGUGGAACAGAUCCUCUAUUUGUAGCAGAAAACGCAGCUGAUCCUGAUUCGACCUUGGUUGUUUAUAUGGGCUUGUCAACCCUACCUUCACUGGCCAAGAAGUUAAUGGAUCAUGGUCUAUCCCCUCAGACCCCAGCUGCAGCCAUUGAGCGAGGGACCACACCCCAACAACGCACAGUUUUUUCAGAACUGAAGGACCUUGCUGAGAAAAUUUCAUCUGCUCAACUAGUGUCGCCAACACUUAUCAUAAUUGGAAAAGUAGUGGCGCUAUCACCAUUUUGGUCAAUUUCUUCAAAAGAAGAAUCAUGCUUGCUUGAGGCAUGAUGGGCAUUAUUGAUGCAGUCUGAGAAGGCGACGACUUCUAACU